CAGAGCACCAGCACCGGCACCGGCAGGCGCUAUGACAAAUGAAGUGCAAGUCCUGCCUUCCCCACUGAAAGGGGGGCAUCCUCCUGCAGUAAAAGCUGGAGGAAUGCGAAUUUCCAAAAAACAAGAAAUUGGCAUCUUGGAGAAACAUACCAAAACAAGUGCCGUUGCAAAUGUUGCCAAAAUACAGGCGAUGGACGCCCUGAAUGACACACUGGAGAAGCUCAGCCAUAAAUUUCCGGCAAUAGUGCACAUGGCACAUCAAAAACCCAGACCUGCUCUGGAGAAGGUCACCCCACUGAAAAGGAUCUACAUUAUUCAGCAGCCUCGAAAAUGUUAAGCUGGGGCGUAAAACAUAGCCAUCUGGCCAACUGCCUCGAACAUCUGACAGCUUAGCAGAAAGGACCAGAACUUUCCAUAGGCCUAGUGCACUUGCUUGGUAAAUAAAACAGCUUUUGUAUCUUCUCUUUUGACUUUAGAUAAUAAAGCA